AUGGACCCUCGCGGAAAAUACCAACUUGACCUAUGCGGUUCUCCAACUGCAACCUUGCUUGUGUCCGAUGGAGUUGUGCUUGAAAACAAUCCAUUCUACCCCAGGCUCGAGAUCGAGAUCCAGCAAGAAGAUGCCCAGCGUCUAGCUCAAGGCAUGUCCAGGAGGAUAUUCACCAGUCACACGGAGUUGCGAGCUAUCCUCGACAGACAUGAGGAAACUAUCCAAAAGCGAUGGAUCAAGAAGACCAACGCACAGCGUCAAGCCAUGCUCCUCAAGGUUUGGCCUAAAAUGGCUCUAGAACGCCAUGCAGACUUCGCUGCCCUCAAGACCCUUUGCCGACAGAGACGCAAUGACAGAUGGGACAAGGCCAGGCAUAGAGACCCCUUCAUGUGGCCAUACAUCAACCAGGAAGACCUCUCCAAGCCCAAGGCCUUGCUGCUGCUCCUGAACGCCCGCGGCCGUCACAACCCCUGCGACUUUGCCGCCGCCGAUGGUGAGGCACUCCGGCUUGGCAAAACCUCAAAUGCCAUCGUUCCCAUCUGCAUCAAGUCAAAUACCCUGAUCUUGAUUGGAGCUACCAUAAUCCCGAAUGGAGCUACCAUGAUCCUGAAUGGAGCAACUGGACCGGACGAAUACGGCAGAUUGUUGGCAUGGCAAAAACAUCCUCACGUCUUCGACUGGUUGAGAAGUGGAAAACAGUUUCAGCCGCAGGAGGGGUUCAUGAUCCUGGAGGCACAGGAGGGACUCUUGUCCUUCUUAGUGGACUGCUGCAAGAACAUAUUACAUGACAUUUCGGAAGACGCUACCGUCAGCGACAAAUACCAGAUCAAAGAAGAGCCGCAGCUCAAGAGCGAGGCCGAAACAACAGGUUUCGACUCUCUCGCUGUCAUGAUGGCUGAGGAACCCUACCGCGUCCCAGCACACCUUGAUCUCGAACGCAUGGAGGUUCUACUUGCUGCCAGAGCUUCAGCUGCCGAGGAUCAUCUCUGGGCACUCCGCGAGGACCCGGGCUACUUCACAGAGACUCUCUGGGAUAUCUCGGAACAUCGAGUGGAAAUGUUCAAGGACGAAUCGCGCAGAGCCCAUCCAGCGCUCGACAGGGAGAACAGGAGCAUCUUCUGGGCCCGCGUUGUCGGUGAAGUGCUCUUCAAUGCGUACUAUGAACUUGAGAUAUUCUCAGAGCUUCAUAGGCAGGCGCAGGAGUUGCGGAUGGCACAAUUGAAGCAUGCCGACGCCAUAUCACCGACAGAAGACCUCCCCACAGACUACCUCCGCGCCAUAUUCAAGUUCCGCCACUUCUUGGACAGAGCAAGUAUGAUGCCUAUAAGUCAACUUCGGGAUUACAUCAAGGUUUCUCCAUCUUUCCGGAAAAUUCACUAUUUUACAACAACGGGUGACGCCAUGUCAUCUGAGGGGUGGGUAAAGGAGAGGCCAGUCAAGAAGACCAAGUUUGAGAGUGAGCUGCUCCACCUGUUGAAGGCUUUGUGGGAAGAAGGAGGUCAAAUGUACAGUACCAUGAGAAUGUCAGUCGUAAUGGAUGAAUUGGAGCGUCUCCUAGAUUCGGACCCAAAAGCAAAGGAUCUCGUCUCUCAGUGCGUCGCUGGCGUUAUAGGCGACCUCUCCAUCCUCUCACAGUGCUUCAAGCAACUCGAGAGCUACCAGCCGUGGGCCAGGGGCUUCGAUGAAGCCAUGCCGGGCUAUAUGGACGGGAUCAUGAAGGAUGUUGAAGCCAAGAGGCAGCCGUGGAACGCUUCAGCUUCAGUGGAGCUCCGCGCAUUGAGAGACCAAACAAACAUGAGCCAAGCGCUCAGAACUGGUGAUAUCUCUGGUGGAAGGCUUGCGUACCCCAUCGACAAGCGACGUACUAGGGAGAACGUUAGGGUUUUGCGGCAAUCCGAGGCAAGCCUGGACACAUUCUGGGCCUUCGUUGACCGGCUGUACCAUUAUGCAGCCGGGACACCAAAUGACUCCGCUGUCUCGAGGAUGCUGUCACAGAAGCGGACAAUGCAGCGCACUCCAGAAUGGGUGGAACCCAUCAAGGAGCCCAAGAAGGCGGAAACUUCAUCGGCCACUGACCAGGAUGUCAAGGCUUUGCACAAGCCCUUGUCUGCGCUGUCAUUUGGUCCCACCCCCAGCAAAUCCGAUGUCGCCAACGAGAACCUGACGAAGACUAAGGUGAAGACCAAGGGUACCGCCAAUGCACCACCAGCCGCUGCAGCAGAUGAUCCCCCUGAGGACCCAACCGCGUCCGACUCGCAACCGACCAUCCCUGUUGAUACGCGAGCCCUCAAGGUCUUCCGCACCAUCUUCCAUAACCCCUCAUCUGCGACGGCACAGGGCGAGAUCCCUUGGCAAGACUUCCUGCAUGCCAUGGCAUCUAUCGGCUUCGCUGCCGAGAAGCUAUAUGGCUCGGCUUGGCAGUUCCGCCCUGUGUCGCUGGAUGUCGACCGAAAUAUCCAGUUUCACGAACCACAUCCGCGGGGCAAGGUGCCCUUCCUGAUUGCGCGACGAAUGGGCAGGAGAUUGAGCAGGGCCUAUGGCUGGAAUCUGGAGAUGUUCACCUUGAAGGGGAAGUGA